ACUCAAAUUAUUCAAACAGUGUCGUUUAUAGCUAGCAAUAGUGUUCAUGGUGUGCGCGGGUAUCUGCAGUAGCUUAUGGCUAGCGAAAGCUUAAGGCGAAAACAUUUAACCUACUUAAAGCAGUGACAAGCCCAACGUUCCACUUGAAAGUUCUUUGAGGACUUCAGAGACUGUCGACGAGUAUUACGUCUUCCACUUAUUCAAACGAACCAGCUUUGCACCCUUCAACCAAAAUGGUGCUGCCUGCAGUUCUUGCCAAAAUAAUGAUCCUGGCUAUCGGGACCAGCAUGUGGAUCUGGAUGGAGGCGUACGUCAAAGUUCAAGUGGCGCUUCACGGCCAAGCAAUUCUUGAACCCCACAGACGAAGCGAACCACCAGAGUUCAAGGACAGUAAACUUGGAAUGCACGCAUAUGCAAAAGUGAACGGUAUCAACAUGCAUUAUGUUCACAAGGGAUGUGACUCACGCAACGCGAACCGCCCGAUAGCGCUUCUGCUGCACGGAUUCUUGGACUUCUGGUUCAUAUGGAACCGACAGAUACCUACUCUCGGUGAACAUUUUUGUGUCGUAGUCCCAGACCUGCGGGGAUACGGCCUUACCACAAGACCUGGAAACUCCGCAGACUACCUAAUGGUGAAGCUGGUUCAAGAUGUCAAAGAAUUAAUCGAGGCUAUAAAUCCCCAAAAGAAGAGGCCUGUCGUCUUAGUGGGGCAUGACUGGGGCGGCAUGAUUGGCUUCUGCUUGGCUACUUUGCACGAGAAGUUAAUCGACCGCAUGGUCAUCGUCAACGGAAUGCACCCAAAGGCUUUUUCUAAGCAGCUGCUGCGGAGUCCGAGGCAAAUGAGGAUGUCCUGGUACAUGAUCCCGUUCCGGCAUCCAAAGGUUCCCGAGCAGUACCUUAUGAUGCGAGACCUGGCUUUCUUUGACAAAGUGCACAAGGGCUUCUCUGAAAGGGAAGAAUACGCCCACAAGUACAUGUUCUCUCAAAAUGGUGCUCUGACCGGCGCCAUCAACUACUAUCGCGCCUUCAACGACGAUAAGGAGCAGCUCAACAAGCUGCCGUAUCGCAAACUCAGCGUGCCGACACUUAUUCUUUGGGGGCAGAAGGACGAAUUUCUGACUUCACCCGUCGCAACAUUCAACCAAGAAUGGUUGGCCAAAUCGACAGUCGUGUUCUACAAGCACGCGGGGCACUGGCUCUUGCGGGAGUGCUUUACCACUGUCAACCAGUAUAUAAUUAAAUUCGCUAAAUCUGGACAAAUGAUAACGAGCCUUCGACAAAUGAAUCCCUCGAACCAAAGACAGAACGAAAAUACAGUGUGCGCACUCCACGACGCCGGACGCCAUACGAGCCGGAAACGUAUUUGCUUUGCUUCCACGAGAAACCGGCAUUCCCGGUUUCCCAGAAGAAUAAAAAUUGUUUCUUGUCUUGCACUAGCUCACUGUCUAUUCACUUCACAAAGAUAAUGAAAAAUGGCAGUUUCGCCUAAAG